UUAUUGCCGCCAUAGGUGGAGGUUUGCACGGGGAGCGUGUUCGGAUUAAAGCUGUGAUCAUCAGCGGCUCCCCCUGGCUGCGCCGGUCAGCGUGACGCACAGAAAAAGUGGAGGCGCACCGCGACUGGAGUCACAUUGGAUUAGAGCCAGUGACAGCGGAGCGGAGGGAUCACCAAGUUGAGAUGCUGUAAGAGCUCUUGGUGUGUGUGUGUUUGUGUGUGUGUGAAGAGAGGAGAAGGAGGAGGAUGCUCCCGUCUCGCAGUUGUUUUUUGUGUCAUAAGUUUGGACUGAAAAUAACGGGAAAGGAGCGCGAUCGUCUAUGUUGGAUGUAUUUCUUUGAACUGCAAUAAGAGAAAAGGUCAAGUGGACGCAGUCUGGAGAGAUUUGCGGUGUGAGAGAGGAGCGGAACAAAGCGUGCGCAAGGCUCAAUCCCCAACACCAAUCUGGGUAAACAAAUAUGACGGCCGAUUUUGACGUUGUCUUUAGUCUGCGGAUGAGCAACGAGAUCCCUAAUAGAAUUAUAAACCUCGGGUGAAUUCUGGAGUGUAAUUAAUAUUUUUUUUCUUCCUUUUUUUUUUUUUUUGGAGAAAGAGGGGGAUCUUAUCCAAGUGGCGCAUCUAUCUCCCCGGGGCUGCGCGUAAUGGGAGAAAAGUUUCGGACCUUGCAGAGGAGACGCACUCGCAGCAUCCCGCCGAUUAUAAAUAUCAUGUGAAUGCUGCCGAUCCGUCCGUGGCAGACGAAGUUUGAAAGUGAAUUUCAGGGCAUUCAGUAUGACUUGAAACAGCCUUGGUGGUUAUCGGAACUCGCAUCAAGCCAGUUAACGAUCCAUGAACCGCCGAACCGAUUGGUCCAAAUAGCGCAGACGGACAUUAAUGAUCUAAAGAGGAUUUCUGCAGCAGCAGCAGCAGUGAAAGCCUGAUCCCUGUUAGAGAGAGACCCCCUCCCCUCCCCCGGAUGUCUAUGAUGUUGUGCCAGCUCGGGCAGAGGUGUGUGAUGGAGGUGGUGGUGCUGACCAUCCUGUCCUGGGUGUCCGUGUGGGCAGAGGAGAAGAUCAUAUUUGACAGACACGCUGUCUACUGGAACAGCUCCAACCCCAAGUUCUGGCACGGAGAGUACAGGGUGGCGGUGAACAUUAACGACUAUCUGGACAUCUACUGUCCUUACUACGAGGGUCCUCCGUCCCACGGGCGCAUGGAGCGCUACAUCCUGUUCAUGGUCAACCACGAGGGCUACACUUCCUGCCAGCACCGGAUGCGUGGCUUCAAGCGCUGGGAGUGCAACCGUCCCAGCAGUCCUGACGGACCCCUGCGCUUCUCAGAGAAGUUCCAGCUCUUCACUCCCUUCUCCCUGGGCUUCGAGUUCAGGCCUGGACACGAGUACUACUACAUCUCGUCUCCUCACCCAAACCAUGUGGGGCGAGCAUGUCUAAAGCUGAAGGUGUAUGUCAGACCUCCAGAUGGGUCGGGAUAUGAUUCUCCGGAGCCCUUCCUGACUGACGGAGGUCCAAGCUGGAGGCCAGGGUUCGUGGCCGUGUUAGCUGUUCUGGCCUCACUGCUCCUGGGACUCUUCUCCUGGCUGUGACCCCUCUCCCCCUCCUCCUGGAGCUCCCACCCAGGGUCGCUGGGCUGGGCUGGCUGUCCCUCUAAAUCCACCACCCCUCAGGGAAGCCCUCUGUCUCCGUCCCCCUCCCCCCUCUCUCCCACCUCCACCUCUAUACGACCACCAACCACCCCCACUGCCAGCCCCCUCCAUGGCCCAGCCACGGACACUGUUCCCAGGCCUGGCUGAGAGGGUUGGGUCUCAAGCUGUCUGGGAAAGCUGCGCUCUGAUUCCUGAAUUCUGGGUGGGACAGCACCCCUCAGCUGAAAAACACAAGGGAAAUGUCUCUGCACUCAUAUCAGCGGGUCCUUUUGAUUUGUCUAUUGACUCUUGGCCACUGAUGGGGUAGAUGUAGCCGCGGCUAUGAUUAAACUUGUCGUUCCAGUGCAAUUCCUAUCAUCCAAUCACUGCAGGAUGCAUUAAGCGAUAGGCCUGGAUGCACAAAAAUUGGAUUUUUCUCACAUUGCUAUCCCAUCGUCAAACCAAGAAUUGGAAGUGGCCAAGCUUGCAUUGUAAUUGGAAUUCUAUACUACCUGGACCAGUUCCAACUGCAACGAGAAUAAGAGCAGACGUACUGAGACGGAGAGGAGAAAAGUGACCCGGCCUGUGCAGAAAAGAAAGGGAAAACAAUGUGGGCACAGAUUUAAAUAAAUACGGCCAUAUGGGAAAUGUAAUGUUAUAUGUGUUGAUAUUUUCAGACCCAGUUUAGAUGCACAGAAAUGUGAUAUAAAAAUCAUACUGUUUGAUUUGUUUUUUUUUAUUUUUUAUGAGAAGCUACGAUAUAAUGACAAGUAUAAUCAUAGCCUGUUUCAGUGGGAGGGCGGGGUGUGUGUAGGGGGGUGUUCUGGGUGGGUUUGGUGAGGUGUAUAUUUUCAGGUGGGAUGUGUUCUGUCUUAUUCAUGUUUCUAAACAAAGCAUUUAUCACAGCCUGGCCAGCACAGGCAUCUUCAGCACUGUCUAAUGUCGAUUGGGUCGGGUGACUUUUGGAACCAUGACUUUCUCAUGUAUGAAUGUACCACUGGUCACCCACCUCUUUGUCUUUCUGUAUUAUUACGACUGUGGUCACUUAACAGUACCUUCUCUCGGACUGGCAGGACGAACGGCUCGGGAUGUGUGUGUGUGUGGGCAGCAGGAGAGUGAAGCAAGGAUGAACGGAGGACAGGUGACAAAAAAAGGAGGCGACACUCAAGUUGCAUGACCACUGUGAAACCUUCAGAUCAAUCUCGUUUGUAAUGAUGAUAUAUUUUUUCAUGGGGAAAAAUCAGAAACACCCUGCUACCGCUCUCUUGCUUUCCCUGAGACUUU